AACGGUAUCUCAGAUCAGGGAAGAAUAUUCUUUAAAUCGCGCUAAUAAUUAAUAAAAAUCUGAAUAAAUUAUGGUACACCAGGCAUGGCUGUUUCUACUGUAACACCUAAUUCAUUAAUCAUGAAAGUGAAUAAAUCCGUAAGAAAGUGUUGAAUGAACGAGGGAAAAUGAUCUACAAGAAGAAAGCAGGGUGCAGCAUGGGUGGACACGUGUCUGUCUCGUCGAACGUGUCGCUCUAAUGAAAUGAAAAACUUCAAUCAAGGGAUAAGAGGUGAAAUCUGAUCGAUCAGGAUUCCUCUUGAUCUUGUCACGUGGCACGGUUUUGACUUUCAACGAUCCUCUUUGGCCGGGUCGUAAACGGUUUCACAAUAGAUUUCGUUAAGCGGUUCGUGGAACGCGUUUUCGAUUCUCCGAGUGAAGCAAGUCGAUACCAGAUACUUGAACGAUAUAAUAGGUAUAUAUAUAUAUGUAAUUCGUGGAAGCAAAAAGGAUGGCAGAUAGGACGGAUAGUAAUUUUCUAUCGCGUCGGGUCAGCGAUCGUCGACUAUAAUCUUGACCUCUAUCCCUUCUUAGCAUUCCAUCCUGUCCUCCCUAUUCAUUUAUCUGGAACGGACUGGUGAAACCGACUGUCCGACUUUAUCUACGAAAAGGGAUCUCUUCUGGGAACUGAAGGGCCGGAAGUGAAUCGGACGUUUCCAAUUGCUCGUUCAGAAUGCUGUUCGUGUAGCCCAGCAAGUUGCUGAAUCGCUCGAGAAAGAAGCGAAGAGUGGAAAAAAAGUAGCAGCAGAUAUCUGAAAUAGUGGCAGGAAAUAUGGAAGGGGAUCGAGCAUCGUACUCGACGUCGAACAGAAACUGGCAGGGUGGAAGUUAUCGUAGCCGCGGCGGAAGGAGAAGAAAACGAAGACGGAAACCGUGGGCCGAGAGGAUAGCUGACUGGACCAGGGCUCUGAUAGCCUUCCUCUUCAGCAACGUCGGUAUAGUGUGCCUGGUGGUUGGAUAUACCAUAGCCGGCGCCUUCCUUUUCACCCACAUCGAGGGUAGAAACAGCAUGGACGUCACCGGGGACGCGAUCAGGCUGAGAAACCUGACAGCUGCCACCCUAUGGGAGCUUACCUCCAAGGAGAACGUGUUCUCCGAGAGGAUCUGGAAGGCUAAAGUGAGAGCGAUCCUAGAGAACUAUCAGAAGAUGCUGGUAACAGCUGUAAAGAACGGGUACGAUGGGUCCGAGGAGAACAAAAGAUGGAGCUUCGCCGGCGCCUUUCUUUAUUCCCUCACGGUCAUCACUACGAUCGGCUAUGGAAAUAUUUGUCCAAAGACGAAAUGGGGCAAAGUGGCGACCAUAGUGUACGCCAUAAUAGGCUUGCCACUUUUCCUCCUCUAUUUGAGCAACAUCGGUGACAUUCUCGCGAAAAGCUUCAAAUGGACGUACGCUCGUUGCUGUCUCUGCAAGUGUCGCAGGAGGACCCACGAAUUCGCAGUCAGGCCUCGACAGGAGGGUGGUGAUGUUAGGAGAAAUCAUUGGCAGAUGAUUGACGCGAAUGGCAGGGAAAUCGAUUCGUUCGACGUGGACAAGAUCUCUUUGGAAAACGACAGGGUGGAAGAGGGUGAUAGAAACGACGAAGACGAAGAGGAUGAUGACGACAGUAGCAGUUACGAUCCGCAACGCGUCACCGUGCCUUUAACCCUUUGCGUCGCGAUAAUGGUUGGAUACAUCUGGGGCGGUGCGAUCCUCUUCUCCGAAUGGGAAGACUGGAACAUGCUGGACGGUUCUUAUUUCUGCUUCGUCUCCUUGUCGACCAUCGGUUUCGGGGACAUCGUGCCAGGUGACAAAAUCUACGCCGCUCAGGCUCUCGAUUUAUCCUUCAUCUUCUGCUCCAUGUACCUGAUGCUCGGAAUGGCGUUGAUCGCGAUGUGCUUCAAUCUAAUGCAAGAGGAGGUGAUUGCAAAGGUGCGCGCAUUCGUGCGUACCAUUAAAUAUAUAUUCAGAUGCGACAGGUGACCAAAGCCGACCAUCAGCCACGUUCUACACCUUCUACCAUGUUUGGCUUGCCAGCGUACCAGAUGGACGAGGCUCGAGGGAGGAUAGUAGAACGAUAGGAGGCGAUCGGUUGCGGCUGCAGCUGCGGCGUCGG